AUGGCUUCUGCUUCAGGUGGAAGCUCGCAAGACGACCUUCUCUUGCAAUGCCAAAGUAGCUGUGAUAUGGAUGUCUACAUCAAUGAAGGACACGCUGUUUCCUUGUCAGAGGAUACAACCUGCCCUGAAAAUACAGCAGACAUUGAUGAAGAGCUUUAUGCUGAAGGAAAUAGGUCGAGUACAUUUUUGGCCCUGGCACAAUUCAUUAUGAAUCAGAGCUACAUCACCGCAUUGAUUGCCAUGAUGGUUUGGAGUAUCACCCAUAACAGCUGGCUGACUUUCAUUCUGCUGCUUUGGUCUUGUAUCAUUUGGAUGGUGCGAGACCGUCGUCUCUACGCUUUGCGUAGCUCGCCAUUCCUUGUGGCCUAUGGAAAUGUCCUGGUGGCCCUUAAUUUCUUUGUAGGGCUGAAAGUUUCACAGGAAGAACUGUUUCCGGGAGUUCCAACCUCACUGCUUGUUGACUUGGAUUUGAAGCCUUAUACUCUACCGUGUGUCCAUCUGGGAGCCAAAAUUUUAUAUCUCUUUACCUUCUGGCUCUUGCUGAAGCAGCAUAUGGUAGAAAGGCAAAGGAAGAGAAAAGAAGUGGAAGAAUCACUCAAAGAGGUGACUGUAGAUGAGGCUGAAAUGGACAAAGAACACAGCCUGCUUUUGGAUAUCCUUGGUUCUGUGCUUAAAGGGAUGCUAGUAAAGUACUGGAUUUACUUCUGCUUCACCAUGUUCUUCAUUGUCAGCUUCAAUGGCAAAGUGGCCCUGUACAAAAUUCUUUACAUCAUGCUUUUUCUGCUCUCUGUGGUUUUGUACCAGGUGCAUUAUGAGAUGUGGAGAUUAAUCCUGAAGGGGUUUUGGCUCACUGUUGUCUCUUAUUCAAUGGUAGUACUCAUUGCUAUCUAUGCCUACCAGUUUGAGAUGGUUUCUGCUUUUUUCCUAAACUCCUUGGAAAUAUCAGAGGAGAGAUUAAAAGAUUUGGGACUUGAGCGAUUCAACGUUAUGGAGUUGUUUGCGCGGAUUCUGCUUCCUGGCGCCUUUCUUCUGGCUUGCAUCCUUCAGCUGCAUUACUUUCAUAAAGGUUUCCUGGAGAUGACGGAUGUGACCAGUAUUUCCAUCAGACCAUCUGGCAGUGACAAGAAAACGGAGACUCGGGUGUACUUUCUGGCUGAUAUGCUUAAGGAAAAAAUCUUGACUCUGCAAAAUAGGCUGGUUGCAGAACAGCUACAAGACUGCUUUCAGGAUGGAUUGGACCAGCCUGAGAACAGCAUGGGAAAGGAUCAUCAGGAGAAAUUGGUGGAAAAGAUGGAUAAAUGGAUAGAAGUGGUUGACAGCUUGGUAACUCGUCUCCUGGAGCUCUUGGCAAUGGUUCGAGCAAUGCAGGCGUUCAUAUGGAGAGUUCUGGAGCUGCACCUCCUUAAGAUUUUGUCCAUUUGGAUUAUCUGGAUCACUGUUCAGGAGGUAUCUUUGAUGAACUUCCCUUUCUUCAUCGCAUGGGCCUUUGCUCUUCCAUAUUCCAAACUUCAACCGCACACCUUGAGGCUCUGUACGUUUUGGUCCAGCGUGAUCGUCAUCUGUAAAAUGAUGUACCAGCUGAAGUUUGUCAAGCCCUGGAAAUACUCCUCAAACUGCACACAGGGGCUGCAUCAGAAUAUGACUUAUCACUAUACCAAUGUGGAUGAGUUACUGGAGAAAUCAUCAUUGUACAUAGCACUGGUUGACCCAGCACACUGGGUUGGAGGACUGAUGAAGUGUACUGACAAUGUUCUUCCUUGCUUAAAGAAUCACCUCAUCAUCCUGAUUCUAAUGGCUCUAGAAGCAACAGUGCGCCGCCAUCAACUUUACUACCGGACUCAGAAUCAGCUGGUGCCACCUUCUACUGGGAGCAUUUUUUAUAACAUUGCCCGGGAGAAUUUGGAUGAUGGUUUACUCAGUUGCAUCAAAUACUUUAUCAAUUACAGUUUUUACAAAUUUGGUCUAGAGACAUGUUUUGUGGCUGCUGUUAAUGUGAUUAGGCAGCGCCUGGACUUCUAUGCCCUUGUCCAUGCCAUCUGGCUGAUUUACCUAUUGAGCCUCCGUCGGAGGAAAGCAAUAGCUGAUGUCUGGCCCAAAUACUGCUGCUUCCUCGCCAGCAUCGUGGUUUUUCAAUACCUGCUUUGCAUUGGUCUCCCACCUGCUCUGUGUCAAGAUUAUCCCUGGAGGACUUCUCACUGGCUGCUCCACUCAAAUCUGAUUAAAUGGCUGUAUCUUCCGGAUUUUGCCAAGAAGCCUGAUGCUAGUUUUCUCCUGCAUGACAUCCUACUCCUGCUCUUUGCCUCCCUCCAAUGGCAAGUGUUCGAAGAUGAGAAUAAGCUUGUGGUGAGGAUGCAGGCUGGAGAUAAUGUAGAGAUCAGCCGAGCCCUGGACCCAGCAGGCCUCAGUGAAUACAGUCCCAUACCAAACUUUAUCCACUGCAGGUCCUAUUUGGAUUUGGCAAAAGUGCUUGUAUUCAAAUACCACUUCUGGUUUGUCCUUUGCCUCGUUUUUAUGACCGGGGCCAUGAGGAUCAAUGUCUUUGGUUUGGGUUACCUCGCAGCCUGCUUCUACUUAAUGCUUUUUGGAAGAAACCUUCAACUGGAGCCAGUCAAAGACAUACUCAGACUAUGGGACUAUCUAAUUGCAUACACCAUUUUGGUCAUCGCAAUGAAGAACCUCCUUGCAUUUGGAGCAUGUGCUUACCUUAGUAAAUUGCAAAGAAGCCAUUGUUGGUUCAUUCAGACCUUUGGUAUGUUCUGCACCAUACCAGGAUAUGAUAUGGAACCCCCUGAGGAUGAGAUAUGUGAAUUGCCUGAGAAUGAAGCAGGAAUCAUCUGGGAUGCAAUAUGUUUCACAUUCCUGCUGAUCCAGCGUAGAAUUUUUACGAGCUACUAUUACCUCUAUAUUGUAGCAGAUCUCAAGGCUGCCAAGAUCUUAGCCUCCAGAGGAGCAGAGCUGUUUGAAGCAAAGCUGAAAAAAAUGGUGGCUUGCAGGAUGGAAGAAGAGAGAAACUCAAUGGAAGACAUGAAGAGGAAGAUGAACCUGCUCAAACCAAACCAGAAAAAUAUUAACAGCUUGCAGAGAUCUGAGGAAGAGGAAGAUCCAGAGGAUGAUGCUAGCAAGCAAGAAAAGGAAGACAAGAAGACAUGGUGGCAACCAUGGGUGACCCACAAUUCAAUGAUUCGAGAUGGGAACUACUGCCUUUUCGAGACGGAUAGUGAGGAAGAAGAACAAGGACAUGCUGAGAAGAGUGAGGAGGACUGCCCUAAGAAGAAAACAGCCUUCCAGCUUGCAUAUGAAGCGUGGAUGACUAGUUCAAAAUCCGCUCUAAGGAUGAGAGAGCAAGAUGAAAUUUGGGAGCAAAGGAAGAAAGAAAAGGAGGAGGAGAAAAAUCAACACCGACUGACAGCCAAUGUAAAAAUGGAAUCCUGUGAAGAAAACCCAGAGAUAUCAAUCACUGAAGAGGAUUUGGACAAAUCAGAAAACAUCAUCCACAGAGUCAUCAACAUUGUCAAGUUCAGUUGGGUCUUCAACCAAGUGUUGUUGGAUGAUGCCACAGAAGCGCUGAAUUCCCUAUUUAAAGAUAACCUGGACAUUGCAAAUGUGAUGAGAAUGGAAAAGUGCAUGCUUUGGCGAGAGACUAAGAAAGAAAACGAGGCCUCCACAGACUCUGUUCUUCCAUAUUACAACUUUGAGACAAGUGCCCCAGGUUGUGGAGAAUGUAACACUGAAACUGCAGAGACGGAUGGAAGCAAAGGCAAGGUGCCUGAAUGCCCACAUGGGGAGAACAUUGAACCAUCACCACCACCGGUGCACCUCAGGAGAUCCAGCGAAGCCACUACAAGUACAACUGGAAUUGAGAAGGUGGAAGAAGCGAGCCCUGAAGAGGCCUGCCUUCAAGGGUUCACUCCAGCCUCAUCCUGUGCAGAACUGUCCAGUCUGGGCAGUUCUCCAUUAGAAAUGGAAGAAUCUACAGAUUACCUAUUUGCUAGAAGUAAGGAAGCCGGCAGGCCACUGAACCAGGUUUCUGCUAAGAUGACAGCUAGUGAACUGCUUCUGAACAGGACUUUUCACGACAAUGAGCUGGAGCAGUCUGAUAAAUUUUACCAGCGCCUCCCUCGCCCACUGAAGCUGGGGUUUGCUUUGUACAAUGCCACGGUGUCUAAAUCUGAAAUGCUGUGUUAUUUCGUGAUCAUUCUAAACCAUAUGGCCUCCGCUUCCAUCCUCACUUUGGUUCUCCCUAUUCUGAUAUUUCUGUGGGCCAUGUUGUCCAUUCCAAGGCCUUCAAAAUUCUUCUGGAUGACAGCCAUCGUUUACACUGAGAUAACAAUUGUGAUCAAAUACUUUUCCCAGUCUGGAUUCUUUCCUUGGAGCACUAAGGUGUAUUGUACUGUCAAUGCAGAAGAGCCAUUCGCUUUGCCAAAUCUGGCUGGGAUUGAGAAGAAAGAUGGCUUUGUACACUAUGACUUGGUACAGCUGUUUGCUUUGUUCUUCCACCGGUAUAUCUUGAAGUGCUAUGGGCUCUGGGAUGCCAAAGAGGUCAACAUAUUGGGCUCUGAGGAAAAGAACAGAACAGGGAAACCAAAGAAAAAGAAAGUGCACAGAGGCCAACUGAAGGAAUGCCAGCCUGGGUCAGGAGCACAACGCCGUUGUAGAUCUCAAAGUCUCUCCAGGAAUGGCUUCAAGAGGGAUAACGAAGACAAACCUCUGGAAGAAGCCAAGAAGAAAUGGAGCCUUUUCAGAAAAGCCCCCACCGUCAGGAAGAGGAUUACCAGAGAAACGAUAAACCAGCAGAUACAAAAAGCAAAGAGGCUGCCGAUGAAAAUUGCCCUUCAGAUUUACCGGCCCAUCAAGCAAUUCUUCUACGACAUUAUUCAUCCAGAAUGCAGCCCAGUCUGUGACGUUUAUGCUCUCAUGUUCCUAGUUGAUGUGAUUAAUUUUAUUGUCGUCAUCUUUGGCUACUGGGCUUUUGGUAGACACUCCGCGGCUGCUGACAUCACAGAAUCCCUUUCAGAAGACCAGGUGCCCGAAGCUUUCCUCGUGAUGCUCUUGAUGCAGUUUGGGACAAUGAUAGUUGAUCGGGCAAUCUACCUGAGAAAGAACAUGUUCGGGAAGUGUGUUUUUCAGGUGGUCCUUGUCUUCGGCGUCCACUUUUGGAUGUUCUUCAUCUUGCCUGGAGUAACAGAAAGGAGGUUUAACAGGAAUUCAGUGGCUCAGCUGUGGUACUUCAUCAAGUGUGUUUAUUUUGGUUUGUCGGCAUAUCAGAUCAAGUGUGGUUACCCCAAACGGGUGUUGGGCAACUUUCUGACCAAGCGUUACAACUGCAUCAAUCUCUUCUUAUUCCAAGGAUUUCGCCUGGUACCUUUCUUGACAGAGCUGAGGGCUGCCAUGGAUUGGGUUUGGACGGACACCACUCUCAGCCUAUCCAGCUGGAUUUGUGUGGAGGAUAUCUAUGCUAAUAUUUUCAUCAUGAAAUGCUGGAGAGAAUCUGAAAAAAAAUACCCCCAGCCUCCUGGGCAGAAGAAGAAAAAGAUUGUGAAAUAUGGGAUGGGGGGCUUAAUUGUCUUUGUACUCGUCUGCAUCGUGUGGUUCCCACUGCUUCUUAUGGCACUGGUUAAAUCGGUGGCAGGAGUAACCAACCAGCCCCUGGACGUAUCGAUCAAAAUUACUAUCAGUGGUUAUGAGUCUUUAUUCACCAUGAGCGCACAGCAGCAAAAUCUGGUUCCUUUCACUCAUGCAGCGUAUAAUGAACUCACCACGCGAUAUGCCCUUCAUCCUUCUGCCAUGCAGUUUAUUGUCAACUAUAGCCCAGAGGACAUUGUCAGUGCUAAAAUAAAAGGCAAUGCCAGCCUGCUGUGGAGCAUCAGUCCUGCAAGUCGGAAAGCCAUGAUUGCCGAACUCUCCAACUCCUCCACAAUCUACGUCAGCUUCUACUGGACUCUUCUCAGGAAUGCCUCUCUUGUGAAGAAUAUUGAAGCAUCUGGCUUACACACCGUGCAGUAUGAAGAGAGGGAAAUACGGGAGCAGAUCGUCCAAAUGUUGCGUGGGACCAGGACAGAACCAGUACUUCUGCCUGGUGUGCUACCAAGAUAUCUGAGAGCGACUGGUGGACCAGAUGCUAAAAUGGCACAUAGGUUGCAAGUUGCUCAUUCCAAUAAGCCAAAGGACAUAGACAAGAUGGCUUUCUUCCGGAAUAUAACCAUAAAAUUGCAGCAGCUGCCUACAAAGGGGUCUUUAAGCCACGUUCCCGAAUGGUGGAUUGUUAAAGAGCAGAAGCCUGCCUGUUUGGGUAACAGUUGCAGCAAGAACAUGGAGCUCUUCAUCUGUAAUGAUAAGGUCAGCCCUUCCAGCCUGGGAUUCAUUGCAGCACAUGGCAUCGUUGGCCUCUACAUGUCUGUCGUUCUGGUCAUUGGAAAGUUCAUCCGAGAGCUUUUCAAUGGGAUCUCGCGUUCCAUCAUGUUUGAAGAGUUGCCCAAUGUGGACCGCAUCCUGAAACUCUGCACAGAUGUUUUCCUGGCAAGGGAGGCAGGGGAGUUGGAGUUGGAAGAGGAGCUCUUUGCCAAACUCAUCUUCCUGUACCGAUCUCCCGAAACCAUGAUUAAAUGGACGAGGGAACCGAAAUCCAGCGGGAGGGGAAAACCACCCCUGAUAGAUUCUUCUAGAAGGGAAAUAUUGGGAGAGACUGUUGAGGUGCAUGGGAAAGAGACUGUGACUAAGGACAUGCAUGGGGGACACCCUCACUCAGCGUAACAUGGCAAGAAAUGUCUUUGGUUCAUGAACUACUUUGCUGCAAGGCAGGAGUACAAACCAUGUGUGCAAUCUGCUACCUUAAAUCCGAAGAAAGAGAGAAUGCACUGUGAACUUUAGGCUGCACACAGCAGGGGACUCUAAAGGCACAGGAUUUGGGGGGCCAAGUCAGACAGAGAUCCUCACCGUGGGGUAGUCAAUUGAAGUGACUUGGAGGAUCACAUUCCUUACCGAGCAGAUGACAUGGGGCUAGGUCCAUUUUUCCUCACUGAGAAAAAUGUCAAUUUCACACCAACCCAUCAGUUCCAU